UCCCUUCGCUCCCCGCGCUCCCCGCAAUUGCAUCUAGUAGGCCCGCAAUGGGACGUAAGAACAAGCUGCCACCCUCUCGUGGCGGCCAGCAGGCCAAGCGCAAGCAGGACACUGGCCCGCCCGUCUUCUUCAAGCACCGCAGAGAAGAGGAGCAGCGCAAGAUGGCUGCAGACCUCAAGGGAAAGCAGCGAGAGAACGAUGAUGCCAAGACGUCGUCACUCCUUGACGAGACGGUGCGAGCGGCGGCCGGCUCCAACGAUAGUCCCGUCGCAUCGUCGUCUACGGGCGAUGCUUGGUCGCAGUACGACCACCUCAACGGCAACCACCCCGGCUCAACCGUCGACUCCUCCCUCCGAGCCUACGGACGCCACCUCCGCUCCCUCAUCUCGCAGUCGGACGUCCUCAUCCAAUUACUCGACGCUCGCGACCCGCUCGGCUCACGCUCACCCUCCACGGAAGCCCUCAUCGCUGCUCACCCGGGAAAGCGCCUCCUCUUUGUCCUCACCAAGAUCGACCUCGUUCCCAAGCAAGCUCUCGAGGGCUGGCUGAAAUAUCUGCGCUCCCUCCACCCCACGCUCGCAUUCAAGUCGAACCAGAACCUCGACGGCAAGGGCAGGGCGAGCCGCAAGUUGCACACGCAAACCAAUGCCUCGAGCUCUUCUGCCGCCACGUCCUCGCUGGAGGGCAGUACGGCUGCUCACCUCCUACAGCUGCUGAAAAACUACGCUCGCUCCCAGCCAGUCGGCAUGUCCCUCACAGUGGGCAUCUUCGGGCCCCCCAAUGUAGGCAAGUCCUCCCUUAUCAACUCCCUCGUCCGCUCCCGCGCGUGUAGCGUUGCGCCGCGUCCCGGCGAGACAAAGGCGCUGCAGACCGUCCUACUUGACAGAAAGGUGCGACUCGUGGAUAGCCCGGGUGUUGCCAUGCCUGGUGCGGGGGAGGGAGCGACGCAGGAUGUGCUGAGGGGGACGGUCAAGUUGGAAUUGGUGGAGGACCCCAUCACCCCCGUCGGGGAGAUACUGCGACGGGCGGACCCGGUCAAGGUGACGAGGUUGUACAGAUUGCCGGUCAUUGAGAUGGAGCAGGACGAGGAGCAGAGUGCGCAAGUGAAUGCGGAGCCGCAACCCAUGGUUCCCGAUGCAGAAGCUGCUGCUCCGCUGAAACAAGCGCGCAAGGUCGAUUUCCAAAGCCUACGCGACGGCAGCGAUAUGGAGGAUGACGACGACGACGACCAAGACCGCGCAUCAGACAUGGAGGAUGACCACCACUCUUUCGCUCCCAGCGAGUCGUCAGAAGUCCCCCUCGAUGCCGCCCCUUCCUCCCACUCCACGCAAGGCGGCAUCGGCUUCGACCCCUCGGAUCCCCUCGACUUCCUACUCCGCCUCGCUCUCACUCGCGGCAAGAUGCUGCGCGGCGGCAAGCCAGACGUGGAAGGUGCUGCACGCGGGGUGAUUAAUGAUUGGAACACGGGGAGGAUCAGAUGGUUCGUCGCCCCUCCUGCCACAAAGCAGGACAAAGCGCGCGAGGCUCGCGAGGCGAGGAUGGCGGGUGCGGGCGCGGGGGUGCAGGAACAGGACGACGAGAUGAAGCCUGCCGCUGUGGUGCCGAGCGAAGGUCAGGUGGCUCCCGUAGAGGAAGAGGCAACGGUAGUCAAUGGCUUCUCUGCGGCAUUCGACCUGGAGGGCUUGUUCGCUCAGGCAGAUGCGCAGAUCUUCGGCAAGUCCACUCCCGCAACCACGACACCGGCCACUGCUCCGGCGAACAAGCAGGUGCUCCAAGCUGGUGACGUUAGCGCUAGCUCGUUGGGGAAGAGGGGAAGAGCAGGGGCGAAUGAGGAAGAGGACCAAGAUGCGAGUGAGGCGGAGAGUGAGGAAAGCGAUUCGGAUGAUGAGGACCAGCCAAAGAGGAUGAGCAUGCACGCCGCCGAUGAAAGUGCGGGCAAGGAGGACGACGAGGAGAUGGCCCCGCGUCGUGCUGCGCCGCGUCAUCAAAACGCCAAUGCAUCACACGACGAGCUCUCCACCUUCCUCUCCUCCAACUCGACCAUCCCCGUGCCCCGCACGCAAGCUUCCACACAAACACAGCGCCCCUCCGGUGGGCACAAGCCGCUCAAACGCGGGCAGCGCAACAACAACAAGAAGGGGAAUCGUCGCGGUGAUUCUUCCGCAGGUGAGGAGCCCGCCUAUCUCGCCCGUCUAGCGCACAAGGCUUCUCUGCCUGCGAAUGUCAAGAAGGGAGUGGGCAAGCAGGCUGGGACGUAUGGCGAGGAGGUAGGAGGAGGAGGAGGGGGCGGGAGCGGUGAGCUCGGGAUCAGAGGGGGAAAGCGCGGUGAUGAGAGGAGAAAGAAGCGGAAGAUGGCGAGAAGAGAGGAGAGGGGGGAUGGAGGGUUGAGUGGUGGGUUUGCGGGUGUGGCAUUGCGGGAGGAGGACGAGUAGCGUGAUGAAAUGAAGCGAUGUGCUCGUCACGUCGGUCAGCAGUGUUGUCGGGCCCUCUACUGGGGUAGCAUUGAAGUCUUCAGGACCGUCUACACCUUUUAGCAUCUUUUGAUCGCCGUCCCUUGAUGCGUCUCAGAGC